AUGGUGAUGACGGCUGAGCUCUUCAAGGAGCCUUUUGUGGCAGAUGAGUAUAUUGAACGUCUUGUAUGGAGAACCCCAGGAAGAGGUUCUAGAGGUGGACCUGAAGCUUUUGACCCUAAAAGAUUAUCAGAAGAAUUUAUAAAUCAUAUUCAAGAACUCCAGUUAAUGGAUGAAAGGAUUCAGAGGAAAGUAGAGAAGUUAGAGCAACAAUGUCAGAAGGAAGCCAAGGAAUUUGCCAAGAAGGUACAGGAGCUUCAGAAAAGCAAUCAGGGUGCCUUUCAACAUUUCCAAGAACUAGAUGAGCACAUUAACUACAUAGCAACCAAAGUCUGUCACCUUGGAGACCAGUUGGAAGGAGUAAACACACCAAGACAGCGGGCAGUGGAAGCUCAGAAAUUGAUGAAAAACUUUAAUGAAUUUCUAGAUGGAGUAUUGAAAUCUGAUGUUUUUACAAAUUCUGAAAAGAUAAAGGAGGCAACAGACAUCAUUCAGAAGUUGCACCUAAUUGCCCAGGAAUUACCUUUUGAUAGAUUUUCAGAAGUAAACUCCAAGAUUGCAAGUAAAUACCAUGAUUUAGAAUGCCAGCUGAUUCAGGAGUGUACUAGUGCUCAAAGAAGAGGUGAAAUCUCCACAAUGAGGGAAGUAGCAGCAGUACUUCUUCACUUUAAUGGUUAUUCUCAUUGUGUUGAUGUUUAUAUAGAGCAGUGCCAGGAGGGGGCUUAUUUGAGAAAUGAUAUAUUUGAAGUUGCAGCAAUACUCUGUCAACGUGUGAACAAGCAAGCUGGAGAUAUCUUGAGUAAUCCAGAAACAGUACUGGCUAAACUUAUUCAAAAUGUAUUUGAAAUCAAACUACAGAGUUUUGUGAAGGAUCAGUUGGAAGAAUGUAGGAAAUCAGAUGCAGAACAGUAUCUCAAAAAUCUUUAUGAUUUAUAUACAAGAACCACCAAUCUUUCCAGCGAGUUGAUGGAGUUUAAUUUAGGUACUGAGAAACAGACUUUCUUGUCUAAGCUUAUCAAAUCCAUUUUCAUUUCCUCUUUGGAGAACUAUAUUGAGGUGGAGACUGGUUAUUUGAAAAGCAGAAGUGCUAUGAUCCUGCAACACUAUUAUGAUUUAAAAAAUCAUCAAAAGAGAUCCAUUGGCACAGGAGGUAUUCAAGAUUUGAAAGAAAGAAUUAGACAGCUUACCAACUUACCACUGGGGCCAAGUAUUGACACUCAUGGGGAAACUUUCCUAUCCCAAGAAGUGGUGGUUAAUCUUUUACAAGAAACCAAACAAGCUUGUGAAAGAUGUCAUAGGCUCUCUGAUCCUUCUGAUUCACCAAGGAAUGCCUUUAGAAUUUUUACCAUUCUUGUGGAAUUUUUAUGUAUUGAACAUAUUGAGUAUGCUUUGGAAAUAAGACUUGCUAGAAUUCUUUCCUCAGAUUCUAGGAAUGCAAAUCUCUAUUUUUUGGAUGCUGUGCAACAGGCCAAUACUAUUUUUCAUCUUUUUGACAAGCAGUUUAAUGAUCACCUUAUGCCACUAAUAAGCUCUUCUCCUAAGUUAUCUGAAUGCCUUCAGAAGAAGAAAGAAAUAAUUGAACAAAUGGAUACUGGCAUUGAUAGGACAUUAAAUUGUAUGAUUGGACAGAUGAAGCAUAUCUUGGCUUCAGAACAAAAGAAAACAGAUUUUAAACCAGAAUAUGAAAACAAUGUUUUAAUUCAGUAUACUAAUGCCUGUGUAAAAGUCUGCGCUUAUGUAAGAAAGCAAGUGGAGAAGAUCAAAAAUUCCACGGACGGAAAAAAUGUGGAUACAGUUUUGAUGGAACUUGCAGUACAUUUUCAUCAACUUAUUUAUGAGCAUCUUCAACAAUAUUCUUACAGUUGUAUGGGUGGCAUGUUAGCAAUUUGUGAUGUGGCUGAAUAUAGGAAGUGUGCCAAAGACUUCAAGCUUCCAGUGGUAUUACAUCUUUUUUAUACUCUACAUGCACUUUGCAACCUUCUUGUAGUUGCCCCGGAUAAUUUAAAGCAGGUCUGCUCAGGAGAACAACUUGCUAAUUGGGACAAGAACACACUUCACUCCUUUGUACAGCUCCGUGCUGACUAA